AUGAAUCCAGCUUCCACUUAUCUCCAUAGCAACAAUUCCCCAUCCAUUUAUUCUAUCUUUAUCUUUCUUGCUAUCCUAUUCAAAUAUAUGUCCACACGUUCGUUCGUUCGUUCUUUCUUUCUUUCUUUCUUUCUUUCUUUCUUUCUUUCUUUCUUUCUUAUGAAUAUUUUAAUAUUUUCCUUUACUGUCUGUCGCUUACCACCCCAGCUACUUUCAAUUCAUUUCUGCUCAUCGUUAUUCCCUCUGAGCCCUGAUGCGGUCUUAACCCCUUUUAUCUCUCUUUCACUUUCUUUCUUUCUUUCUUUCUUUCUUUCUUUCUUUCUUUCUUUCUUUCACGUUUCCUUUUUUCAUCCAGUAACCCCUUUUAUCUGUCUUUCUCUUUCACUUUCUUUCUUUCUUUCUUUCUUUCUUUCUUUCUUUCUUUCUUUCUUUCUUUCUUUUCUUUCUUUCUUUCUUUCUUUUUCUUUUUUCCUUUUCCAUAACCCCGUUUUUUUUUCUGUCUUUUAUCUUUCUUUCACUUUCUUUCUUUUCUUUCUUUCUUUUCUUUCUUUCUUUUUCUUUCUUUCACGUUUCCUUUUUUCAUCCAGUAACCCCUUUUAUCUGUCUUUCUCUUUCUUUCUUUCUUUCUUUCUUUCUUUCUUUCUUUCUUUCUUUCUUUCUUUCUUUUUCCAUCCAGUAACCCCUUUUAUCUGUCUUUCUCUUUCACUUUCUUUCUUUCUUUCUUUCUUUCUUUCUUUCUUUCUUUUUUAUAUAAUCUUUUAUCUGAAAUAA